AUGGCGGAAGAUUCCUCCCUCUCGCGACCGACAUCAUUGGACAUUGAAGCCAAGAACGAAACACCGGACUAUGGCCCACCAAAGACACCGCUGCGUGAAGCGAUCUUCGUCAUUGUUGUCUGUGCAGCUCAGCUCAUGACACAAGCUGGCCUGGCACUUUCUAUUGCGCCUCUGCAGAUCAUCAGUUCGAGCUUCGACACCACCCCAAGAGAACUGACAUGGGGAUCUGCAGCAUACAGCUUGACCGUCGGAACCUUUAUCUUCGUGUCCGGAAGACUGGGCGAUGUCUAUGGACACAAAUUGCUCUUUGUCAUUGGAUUCUUGUGGUUCGCACUCUGGUCACUUCUAGGAGGGUAUCGGCCCUGCACUUCUUCUUCCAAAUGCCGUUGCUAUCUUAGGAAGAUCAUACCCCCCGGUCGCCGAAAGGGAAUGGUCUUUUGUCUCUUUGGUGCCGUCGCACCGGGUGGAUUCACAUUGGGCGCGACCUUCUCGUCUUUGCUUGCUGAGCGUCUGUGGUGGCCAUGGGGAUAUUGGAUCUUGGCCAUCGCUUGCGUGAUGUUCGCUAUUCUCGGAUAUUAUGUUAUUCCUACCAUGAUACAAGAGCCUUUGCGACCGGACCUUUCGACCUUCGAUCGUCUGGAUGGGUGGGGUGCUAUCACCGGAGUGUCGGGGCUGAUCCUGAUCAACUUUGCGUGGAACCAGGCUGCCGUUGUCGGAUGGGAGGCACCAUAUACAUACGCUCUCUUGAUCGUAGGUAUCCUGAUCCUUGGACUAUUCCUCUUUCUCGAAGGCAAGACAGCCUAUCCACUGCUUCCCAGAACGGCAUUGAAAGGCGAGGUUGGCUGGGUUCUUGGCUGCAUUGCGGCCGGAUGGUCGAGCUUCGGUGUCUUAGUCUUUUACUACUACCAGAUUUUAGAGAAUAUCGAGGGUAACAGUGGACUUCUUGUUACAGCCAAGUGGGCUGGCGCAUCCGCGUCCGGAGCCUGCGCUGCUGUGGUCACUGGUCUUCUCCUUGGCCGCAUCCCCGCAAGUAUCAUCAUGUUCAUUGCGAUGUUGGCCUUUGCAGCGGGUCAGGCACUCUUGGCUUCAAUACCCAUUGGACAAAUAUAUUGGGCGAAUGCUUUUGUGCUCAUGCUGGUCACGCCUUGGGGAAUGGACAUGUCAUUUCCAUCGGGUAGUCUCAUUUUGAGUAACUCUAUGCCACAGAAAGAUCAAGGUGUUGCAGGAUCCCUUGUGAAUACGGUGGUGAACUAUUCAAUCUCAUUGGGUCUUGGAUUUGCAGGGACGGUCGAGCGAUACGUCAAUGACGAUAACAAGGAUGUCCUCAAAGGGUAUCGGGGAGCCACAUAUAUGGGCGUGGGACUUGCAGGAGUGGGUACCCUCAUUGCGAGUUGUUUCCUGGUGGUGACUUGGAAGUCAUCUAGGAAAGGCUCAGCAUAG